UUUUACCCCGCGAAUGCGCGUGCGCCGCAGUCCGCCCGGCUUUACCACGUUACUGGUGUCAAAGUGAACAUCGUUUUGUACAGUAUUUUUAAAGUGACUGUGAACAGUAAUUUGAGAUAGUAUACAAAGCAAAAACAAGAAAUGCCCCCUAAAGGCGUAUGCGCAGUUUGCCUCUCACCAGCCGAACAGAAGUGUUCUGGCUGCCAGGAGGUCCACUACUGCACCAAAGAACACCAGAAGCAGCACUGGAAGGAGCACAAGGGGAACUGCAGCCCUCUGAGGGUCAAGGAGGAUGCACAGUUUGGGAGGUACCUGGAGGCGACCAGGGAGAUCAGAGCUGGUGAUAUUGUUAUGAAGGAGAAGGCACUGAUCACUGGGCCUGCGCAGAUCACGCCACCAGUCUGCCUGGGCUGCUACAAGAUGCUGGAGGAAGGCAAAGUGGUCCCGUGUGACAAGUGCGGCUGGCCCUGCUGCUCCGAGGAGUGCACGCGCAAGGAGGAACACCUGCCCGAGUGUCAUUAUACCCAACAGAGGGGGGAGAAGGUCUCAAUCUCGACAUUCGGCGUACCGCACCCCAACUACCAGAGCAUCACAGUGCUCCGCUGCCUCUACCAGCGGGACCACGAUCAGAAGCUGUGGGCCAAGCUCCAAGCCCUGCAGUCCCACUACGAGGACCGUCGAGGCACGGAGAAGUGGGACCACGACAGGAAGAUGGUCGCCGAGUUCAUUUGGAAGUUCUUCAAGCUGGAAGGGAAGUUCAAUGAGGAGGAGAUCAUGAAGUGCUGUGGGAUUUUGCAGAUCAACGGGCAUGAAGUGCCUCUGAUGGAGCCGGAGUACGUGGCAGUGUUCGACCGCAUCUCCAUGGCAGAGCACAGCUGCCGGGCCAACUGUAACAAGAGCUUCACUUCUGAUGGACAAAUUAUCCUCUGCGCUGGAGUGAACAUACCUUCCGGAUCACACGUCUCGGUGUGCUACACCGACCCCAUGUGGGGAACAGAGGCGCGCCGCCACCACCUCGCCGAUUCCAAGUUCUUCGAGUGCAGCUGCGAGAGAUGCGCAGACGCCACCGAGUUCGGGACUAACUACAGCGCCGUCAAGUGCAAGAAGAAAGACUGUAAAGGUUACCUGCUCCCGAAAACGUUCAUUCUCCCCAUUCUGCACAAGACGAAGAACCCGGACCCUCAGACCAGGAACCUGGACGACAAGUUCUGGAUCUGCAGCAGCUGCAAGGACGAAGUCUCCGACGCCAUCAUCCAGAGGCUCCUGCAAGAUAUCGGCAAGGAACUCAGCGCGAUGCCCAAAGAAGACCCCGAUGCUUGCGAGAGAUUCAUCAGCCACUGCAGCAGCUACCUGCACCCGACGCACUACUACAUGACGGAUGUGAGCCUGGCGCUCGCGCAGAUGAUCGGCCAGGACAGCGAAAUGGGUCUAGCUGGCGUGACCGAUGACCGCCUGCUGCUGAAGACGCAGCUCUGCAAGAAGAUCGCUGACCUUCUAGAGACACUUGCACCAGCGGAAACGCGUUUGCGAGGGUCCCUGCUCUUUGAGCUCCACGCCGCCAUAGCCGAGACUGGCAGACGAAGAUCCAUGGUCGAGGGACCACUGGCUUUGCUGGGUCAUGUUACGGAAUCCCGCAAGAUCCUGGUGGAGUCAGCAUCGCUCCUGCGUCACGAGCCACCCGAGCUACCCGAGGGCCGGCUGUCGCAGCAGGCGCGCGUCAACCUGGUGCAGAUGGACGAGCUCAUCCGCAGCCUGUCGGCCACCCUCCCCGCGCCAAUGUGAAUAUAUUGUACUAGCUA